AUGAAAAGAGUUGUUUCAACGGCUAUUCGCGCAGAGAGGGCAUUUUCUUCUAGAAUCACUGCACUUCAAGUGAGUUUGUUUUCUUGCUAAUUUUCAAUUUUAAUUCCAGAAACCAACGCCUUCGGCCUCUUCGUCGGUCCCGGAUCGCGCAACUCUCGAGAAGGGAACCGUGCAGCCGACGGUGCUCAAACCGUUCGUGUCGGCUUCUCUCCAGCACGAAGAUCUCUUCAGCUUUGACAAAUUGGUGCACGUCGACGAGAUGUUCAAAGCACGGUUGCACUACGGACAUAAGGUAUUUAACGCUGAAAUUGAAGAGUACACGAAUACAAGUUCAGGUAGGAACUGUGAACAAUAACAUGAAAUGGGCGCUGUACGGAGAGCGUCUCGGAGUGUGUCUUUUCGAUCUGGACGUCACCAAAAAGUACCUUGUCAGGUAAUAUUUCCAUCAAUUAUCCUAUUCAAUCUCACAGAGUACCUAACCAUUUCAGAGCACUUAAUUUCGUUGCGCACGUGGCGAUGCGCGGAGGAAUGAUCAUGUUCGUUACGUCCAACAGAGACACAAUGUUUGACGUGGAGAAGGCGGCAGAAGAGGUGAGUGCGAGUGGCCUAGUGGGUUGAACGCGAGAAUUGAGACCAAGAGUUCCGGGCUUGAGAGAUGACAGCGAUGAUGACGUAUUACUUUGAUCUGAGAGCAUGUAUUCCAUUGAGUAUUCUUGCUUCUGCGGAACUAGCGAUCCUGAGCUGUAAUCUUCGAAGUUUUAUGUCAAUUAUUAACAAUCACACCGGAAGUAUCACAUAUUUUGCAGGUUGGACAAUACUCUCACGUCCGGAAGUGGCAAUCGGGAACCCUCACGAACACACGGCAGCUCCUCGGUGCUUCCGUUCGUCUUCCUGAUGCUAUCUGCUUCUUGUCAACUCUGACGUCUCUCGGAGAAAAUCAUCCAGCGAUUAUUGGUAUGCCAUGAACCUUUGAAUAUUUAGCAAACAAUAUGUUCCAGAAGCAGCGAAGAUGGCGAUUCCAACAAUCGGAAUAGUUGACUCGAACUCUGAUCCGGCUUACUUGACCUAUUUGGUUCCGGCGAACGACGAUACACCUCAAUCGGUCGAAUAUCUGCUAAGAAUGUUCAAAGAAGCGAUAAGAAAGGGACAAGAGGAGCGUCGACGCCUUCAACAAGGAAAAUAG